AUGGCAGACUGGGACGUCACCACAUUUAGCAAUGCCGCCACAAGCAUAAUGAUGGUAGCUCUGCUAGCGCCGACGGCAUCAGACGCGAAUUCCAAGUGGAAUCCCAGUAUCAAUAGUAGCUGUACUGACCUGCUUGCAAAUGAUGCCUACAGCGUGGAGGGGCCAGCGACCAGCACUGACCAUUAG